AUGAAGAAAUCGACGUUACCGUUGCAUAGCGCAACCGGCGCCGGUAAGAACCAGAAGCUCGGGAAGGAAGCGCUGGUGAAGCUGCUGAGGUGGCAUUUCGGUCAUCCGGAGUUCAGAGGGAAGCAAUUGGAGGCCAUUGAAGCUGUUCUAUCAGGAAGAGACUGUUUCUGCUUGAUGCCGACCGGUGGCGGGAAGUCCAUGUGUUAUCAGAUUCCGGCGCUGGCCAAGAAGACCGGCAUUGUGCUUGUUGUGUGUCCUUUGAUAGCUUUGAUGGAAAACCAAGUGAUGGCGUUGAAGGAGAAAGGAAUUGCUGCUGAAUAUCUAUCUUCCACGCAGACAUCCCAAGUCAAAAAUAAGAUACAUGAAGACCUUGAUUCUGGAAGACCGUCUUUGAGGCUUCUAUAUGUGACGCCCGAGUUGAUUGCAACACCUGGAUUUAUGACAAAGCUGACAAAGAUUCACUCAAGAGGGUUGUUGAAUCUUAUUGCCAUAGAUGAGGCACAUUGCAUCUCUUCAUGGGGCCAUGAUUUUAGGCCUAGCUAUCGUAAGCUAUCGUCUUUAAGGAGUCACCUCCCAGGUGUGCCAACAUUGGCUUUGACAGCUACAGCCGUUCCUAAAGUUCAGAAGGAUGUGAUGGAGUCCUUAUGCCUCCAAAACCCUUUAGUCCUAAAAUCAUCUUUCAAUCGUUCUAAUAUAUAUUAUGAAGUUCGAUACAAAGAUCUUUUACAUGAUGUGUAUGCUGAUUUGUCUGACGUACUAAAAUCUAGUGGAGAUGUAUGCGCAAUUGUAUACUGCCUUGAACGAACGAUGUGCGAUGACUUGUCUGUUCAUCUAUCACAAAACGGGAUUUCAUGUGCUGCUUAUCAUGCAGGGUUGAAGGAUAAAUUACGCAGUUCUGUUUUAGAUGAUUGGAUUUCUUCCAAAAUACAAGUUGUUGUGGCAACGGUGGCUUUUGGGAUGGGUAUAGAUAGAAAAGAUGUCAGAAUUGUUUGCCAUUUUAAUAUUCCAAAGUCAAUGGAAGGCUUCUACCAAGAGUCUGGUAGAGCUGGUCGUGAUCAAUUACCCUCCAGAAGCCUAUUGUAUUAUGGAAUUGAAGAUAGCAAAAGAAUGAAAUUUAUUCUAAACAAUGCUGAGAACAAGAUAUCAAAGGCCUCAAACUCACAGGAAGAGUUGUCUAAAAAAUCCAUGACCGACUUUCAACAGAUGGUUGAGUAUUGUGAGGGCUCUGGAUGCCGGAGGAAAAAGAUCCUUGAGAAUUUUGGUGAAAAGGUACCUGUAACACUAUGUAGCAAAACAUGUGAUGCAUGUAAACAUCCAAACCUCGUAGCCAAAUACUUGGAGGAGCUCGCAACUUCUUGUAUUGUACGGCAGAAAGCCGGCUCAUCUAGAAUUUUUGUGGGCAGCUCCUCAAAUAAGGGUAAUGAAGAUCAGUCCUCUGAAUUCUGGAACCGUGAUGAUGAAGCAAGUUGUUCUGAGGAAGACAUAUCUGAUUCUGAUGACCUUGCAGCUGUCAAGAGCCUUACCAGAUCAAAGUUGAUCGAUGAAAAGUUGGAAGCCUUGCAGCGUGCAGAAGAAAAAUAUUACCAGAAUAAAUCCUCUGAAAAGCAGCCAGAUAAACUUAACAAGAAUGCUGUAUCUGAUACACUGAGGGAAGCAAGCAAGCAGAGAUUAGAAAAUUCUGUAAAGCAGGCUCAGCAACGACUUGGAAACUUAAAGAUUGAGGUGGAAAAAGCGGCAUCGUUCCUCGAAGAUGAAUGUUACAAAAAAUAUGGGAAAACUGGGAAAUCAUUCUACUAUUCUCAAGUCGCAAGUACAGUGAGGUGGUUAUCAACCGUAAAUUCUACCGACUUAACUGAUCGUCUUGGCACCAUAACCAGUUCUCCGUCAGAGAAUAGUGUGACAGUGCCUUCUGCAACACAAUCACCAUUGCUGGAGACAGGAUCUUUUGCAAAGCCAUCACCUUUGGUGGACAGAGCAACAGAAAUCACCGUGAAUGACUUCCAUGAGAGUGUCAGACCAGAAGCAUCUGUAGCUCUGUCACCAACGCAAAGUGAUCCCCCAAGUACGAUGUUGCCAGCAAUUCCGUCCUUCUCAGAGUUUAUCAACAGCAAAAAGGUGAUGGACAACAGAUCAAGCGGAUCAGAUAAGCAAUCACCUAAUGGGGGUAAGAAGAAUCCAGAGAAGAGAAUGAGGUUACAAUAGGUCGAAAAUCUUAGUUGCUUCAAUUGCUCAUAGUUUUGUCCUUGAAGUAGAUGCAGGAGGAUUAUGUUUACA